UGCUGUUGUGAUCCUGGGCAGUGUACGCCAUUCUUCGUUCAGUGGAUAAUCAUUUCGGAGAGAUAGUAAUAUUUUUCGUGAGCGUCGUAAAUACUUCAUAUUUCCAAGCUACUCAUUUUCAGAAAAUGGAAAACAAGAUGGAUGAACAGUUGAUCCCGAAUGAAGAACAGCAUGUUGCUGAGGAAGCCAUCGAAAUUAGUCAGCCCCAGCAGCAGAUACCACCAUCUUACACUUCUACCAAACAGCCAAUCCAGCCACAGGGUGUGUAUGCAGCACAGCCACAGCAAAACUACAUCAUCCAGAACAUCCCUGUCCAACAAAACCAAGGAUGUUGCGGAGGCCGUUCUGAGUGGUUUAAACACUCUGCUGGCAUGAAAACGGGUAUCAUCCAGCUCAUCCUAGCCAUCGUUGCUAGCAUCCUUUCCGGUGUGGCUAUCUAUCUGCAGCUCCGCUAUGACCGCGAUUUUGUUCCCAUGGGAUCGCCCAUCGGUGCAACCAUCUUCUUUUUCCUGCCUGCUGGGAUUCUUGGAGUAUGUUCUAAGAAGAAGAGUAGCUGUGUGAUCGUGGCCUACCUGGUCAUGUCAAUCUUGGCCGCCAUCCUAGCAGCCUUCGUGUGUGCCACAGAGGUCAUUGGAGCUUUUCGUAGCGAAGGUUACGUGUGCUGGAACUACCCAGAAGGUGAAGUGUAUGCCUACUCAUGUCCCUAUAAGCGCUUCAUGGAUGUCACGGCCCUCCACUCCGUGGUCGCUAUCCUGAUGUUCGCCGAGUUCGUCGUCGCCAUCGUAGCUAGCGCCAUCUGUUGCGGAGGUCUUAGCGGCUGCUGCGCUCGACCCCCUACUCAACAGACCCAUAACAACCCCAUGGUGUUCUACCCUCAUAGUGGCAUGCAACCUAUCCAAGCUCAGAUGGGACCCAUGUUGUACAGGGAGGCGAGCUGCCUGUCAAGGCCUAGAAAGGACGGAAGCGGGCGCACUCUCAUUUUGGAAACGUACUCGCAUCAAUCGACGACGCAUUCCCCCUGUUAUCUUACAUAUUUCUCCCCUGUUGAUGCUAAACAACCAACAUUGGAAGUAUCAUCAGUACUGCAAUACACCUGAAAUGUUAGAAUCGGUGUGUUUGUUUGAAUCUACGAGUAUUCGCCUUGGAUUUAACAAUGUAUCCCUUAAAAUAUAUUUCAGUCACAUAAUAUAUUGCAGUCAUAUUGCAUCAAUCACAUUGGACUACGUCCCUUAUUCGACUAAUUUAGUUAAACCCGAACCUGGGUAUAAAAUCACGUUUAACAAAUAACAACUUAGACUUCCUUUUCUAAAACCCGAUUUGAACAAGAGCCUAUUAAUACCUCGCGACUGGUUUGAAUUUUACCAAAAUACAAGCUGUUUGUCCAAUAUAUUUAUAAGCGUACUCACCUUUGAGUUAACAGAUGUAUUCCAUAAAAAACGUAUAUUUCAAUCGUCAUGUUCACAUAACUUACGAUUGCAUAGUUCACACAAAUAUGCUUAUAUUUACUAAGUAAAUAAAUCGACUGCUCGGAGUACCGUUCAAAUGAGAGGGAUGUCGAGUUCAUAAAAGACGCAUAUUGUAUACUCUUGCUGCUUUCACUUUCUGUCUUUCUUGAAAAGUAAACAAAAUAGAGGCUGAGAGCAAUAGAUUUCUAGUGCAAAAAAAAAAUUAAGCUGCAUUUUUCACAUGAAAGGUUGGAAUAGAAAAUUGCAGUUAUAUCAGGGUUAUAUGGGUUAGGAAGCGUAAUUAAAUUAAAGCAUUUAUAUACACAUAAAUAUACAUGUAUCCUAAUCAAACUACAUUUUUAAGUGAAUUUGAUAACUUAAUUUGUUUUAUAUGUUUUAAUUAAAGUUGAGGUAUUUUGUUCACAAAGUAGAAAGAAAAAUAUCAAAAUCAAUUUUUAAUAAGCCGGGAAUAGAAGUUUUCUUUUAAAGAAACGUCUUGAACUUUAAACAUUCAUUUUAUACGUAUGAAAAUUAAUAUUGUACGUAAUGUAGGUUAUCAUACUGCCAAUUUAUAAGAAAUAGAAUUGAAUUGUUGCCUUUUUACUAUUAUUGCAUUAUAUUUUUGGAAAAUUUCGUAAUGUGUGUUAAAUUAAUGUAUAUUGUUGUCAUUUAAUAGUUGGGUCACUUGUAAGAGUAAAUAUAUUAUUUUGAAUUGUGCAUUUGUUUGUGUGAUGCUUUGGAAUUGUAAAUGUAAUAGUUUAAGUGAAAUUUACGCAAAUGUUACAUAUUUAUGAAUAAUUCACGGCAGAAAAGUAGAAAAAGACAACACAACUAAAAGAUAUGAAGUAAAGAAAGAAAGAGUAAUGCAGAAAGAUAUGAAGUUGCAUCAAAUAAUAGUAGCGACCCGAGGAAACAAAUUUGAGAGUUGUAGGAUUCUAUUCUCACGUCUUGAACCCUUCAAGGUUUUGAGAUUUAAUGCUGCACUCUGUUUAUACCCGCUACACACAGGGUGUCAUCUUGAUUGCGUUAUAACCUGCGUUAAUCAACCCUGGAGAACCGGCUUUAGAGCGUGCGUCAGUUCCACAAAGCAAUGCAUGCGCUAUUCUUUUUGCAUUAUCUCAUAUAAUAUCACUUUCACAUCAAUCAAUCAGUCUCAGUCAAUGGCGUAGUCCUACGUUAGUCAAAUGACGCAACGAACCUAAAUCACUCUUCACGUCCAAGGUGCAAAUUUUCACAAUUGUGGGGUGCAUGCAAAUUAUGAACCCCAUUCAGGGGUUACGUUUUUUGUAUAGGGUUCGCACCUUUAAUUUCUGGUUUAUGGUCAGUAUUGGACAUGUUUACAGCUGUAUUUAUCAAUGGCGGAUCCAGGGGAUGAGGGGCGGGCUCUCCUUACAAAAAAUGUGCCCCUCCGAUUGUGUUUCUAUACUCCCUUUUAAAUUGUAGAACCCCCCAAAGCACCAGCAAAAAUUGUAAUCUUCUAUUGGGUUUAUUGUGUUGCUUGUUUUUGUUUGCUUGUUUAAAUCGACAGAGAAGUUUUGGAUUUGUCCCCUCCCCUCCCCUAUUUAAAUAACGCCUAGAUCCGCCAUUGAUUGAUUAAAAUAGUUUUUAAUUCUUUGCUGAUACUUUGUGAAUUUGUAACUCAUUUAUCCGAAUUAGAUCUUCACGCUAUAAACAAUGCAGCUUGCUUAGUACCUUC